AUGCGAUUCUGUGGAGGAGGAUCGAAACCAGUAGCUCGUAAAUUGGUGGUCUGUGGUGAUGGUGCAUGCGGCAAAACGUCGCUCUUGAACGUUUUUACUCGUGGCUACUUUCCUCAGGUUUAUGAACCUACGGUGUUUGAGAACUAUGUACAAGAAGUGAUGGUGGAUAAUCAAGAAGUGGAGCUUUCACUUUGGGAUACUGCAGGUCAAGAAGAGUUUGAUCGAUUACGAACGCUUUCUUAUGCCGAUACACACGCCGUCAUUCUUUGCUUUUCAGUGGAUAGCCGUGAUUCACUCGAGAAUAUUCCCAAUCGCUGGUUGUCUGAAGUACAUCAAUAUUGCCCAGAAGCCAAGAUCCUGUUGGUUGCUCUCAAAUGCGAUCUUCGAGAUAACGAUGAAGUACUCAAACGCAAGAACAUCGAGCCUGUUUUAUACGAAGAGGGACUGGAAGUGGCAAAGAGCAUCAAUGCUGUACGUUACCUCGAAUGUUCGGCAAAGCACAAUCGUGGCGUGCGAGAAUGUUUUGAUCAAGCUGCCCGUGUAUCCUUGUCUGUCAAGUUGAGAACAUCUGCCGACCAAGAUCGCAAAUCAUGCUUGAUACUUUGA